AUCUACAUAGAAAGCAGUGCACUGAACAGAAGAGAUGAUAGAACGACAGUGGGCCUGUCUGUUCAUAACAGGGAUAUAGUCAGGGAAUACUUUACAGUGGAAAGGGAUCUUGUGAGAUAGACGGCAAAGACUUGGAAGUACAAAAUAGACGCCUGGCAGCAGUCCUCAUAAUCACUUGGAUAAUUUGGAUUGUAAUCAAUUAUUGUAUUUUCUGAAAGAUAUCCCAAUGUGUGUAACAUUGUAUAAAGAGCAUCUCAAGCAAUGAGUGGGAGGGGUGAUCUGAGGACCUGCCAGCUGCCUAUCUUCUUCUCUUCUCUUCUAUUUAUAGACAUCCAUCUUUCAGAUGUCCCAGGCAGUUGGUCGGAUGUACCAGCACCCAUCCACAUCUUUACGUCGUGCCGGUGAUAUACCACAUAUUCAUCCAGCUAACGCACACCGUUAUCAUAAUUAUAAUAAUGCUGUCCAGGUCUACACUGUAACAACAAGAAAUAGCAGUCCUCCACAUCAUCGUCCUUUCCACAGCGGAGGAGGGGGUUACGGGGGUGGUCCCCCACCUAGCCCCCCUCAUCACAACCCAAGGGGCCGACGAGGUGGUCGCUACCCUCCCAACAGCUACUACAACUCUCCUCCUCAGCAACAACCCUACCAUCAUCCACAUCAACAACAACAACAACCCUACCACCAUCCCCACCACCACCAUCAGCAACACGUCCAGCAACAGCAUCAUCCACAGAGGCAGUCUCCACCACCACCACCGCCUCAAUCCCAACAACACCACCAUCACCACCACAACUCCAGCAACCCCUCAUCUUAUUACCCCAAGAAUCAGAACCAGACCGGGUAUAGCCAGACCCAGCGGGGGUCUCGGGGAUCCGGUUACUACGACGAUUUAGAGUGGGAUAACUACGAUCUUGGAUCGGACAAAGAGAAGAAGGCAGCGCAGCAACGGAAGCGCAACGAACGGCAGGAUGGAUGGAGGAGAUCUGGGAAUGGUUUGAUGGGAAAUGAUUUUGAUCUUGAGUGGGAUGAUUAUGAUCUCAGACCUAAGAUUGAGGAGACGGAUGAUGGUGUAGAAUUAGUCUUACCAGAAAACUAUCUUCCAUUGCUGAAAGCUUCCAACAAAGCCACACUGUCUAGAGGCCAAAUACCAAUCAGUGCUAUCCAGGUCCGAAGACUUCCCCACAGGACUUUCCUGUCAGCCAAGACCCUAGGCUUCAACAAGGACCUUUUGGUUCUCACAACAGACUUCCCAGGUCUAGGUGAUGCUAACGAGACCAAAGAACUCUUGGAGGACGCUCUGGUUGAUGAGCGUGAGGCUUUCCUUCUUUCUCAGAACAACAACGGUCCAGAGGUUUGCAAGCUCAACGGUAGCAGUGACAAAGGCAGCGUCAGCGGCUCAAUAUCCGACAUUCCAAGCCGCAUCGAGGGAUCUGUGACAGAUAGCGACAGCAUCCGUGAUCGCAGCCAGGACUUGACAGAUUCGGACGACCAGACUACAAACGAUUUCUUGGACGACGAGUAUGAACUUCCGUGCCAUGAUCGGCUGGCUGAUGUUAACCUGUAUGCUCUCUCACCCCAUGACUUUGACUCGCCCGAUUCUAUAUUCAGCCGUUCGCUUGCGGAUUUGACUGACCUGAGCCUAUAUGAAGAGUUUGGUGUUGAGACUAUCAGACGAAGGAGAGCUCUCUUGGGCGGUGACAAGGAGGGAAGGGAUAGUCUCCUGAAAGAAGCGACCCGGAAGCUAUCACUCAAAGCAAAGAAGAGGAAGCGCAGAACAGACAAGUCUGGUGAUGGGUCGGUGAUCGGUGGAGGCUUAGACGACGGAGAUGAUAAAAAACAGAAGAGAGUCGCUCCAAACUAUUUUGUUGCUAUCCAAGUAUGCAGUCCAGAGAUUCAUCAAGCCCUUCACAAUGUCCAGCAGACUGUGAUGGCCGGGGAUGAAAAACUCAAGGAUGCUAUGGUUCCUAUACCAACGCUACAUCUUACUAUCAUGGUCAUGCAUCUAGCUACAGAUGAAGACGUUGAAAGAGCCAAACUAGCCUUGAUGGAGUGCCACAGGUUACUAGGCCCAGAGAUCACUCGCAAGAAACUCAAUAUAUGGUUCCAUGGCUUAGGACACUUUAACAAUCAGGUUAUGUUUGCUAAGAUCAAAGACAUCGAUGGAAUCUUAGACACUCUAUAUAAUGUAGCAGAAACCGUUGAGAACUGUUACCGACGUCACGGCAUCCACUCCACCGGGGAGCGAGGGUUCAAGCCCCAUCUCACCGUCAUGAAGCUGUCUCGUGCCCCUAGUCUGCGCAAGAAGGGCGUACGUCGUAUCAAGUCUGAGCUCUACCGUGCUCAUAGCGCAACGCUCUUCGGUAAUCAACCAGUGAGCGGUUUUCAGCUCUGCUCUAUCAACAAACCUAAGAGUGAGGACGGGUACUACUACAAAGCACAUGAAGUCCUCUUUAAUCAAGAUGUUUCUCCGAUCCCUGACCCAUUUGACAUGACAGGGAUGGAUGAUGGGUCUAAGGAACCAAUCACAGAACCUGUCUCAUCCACAGUCAUAGAGGAAGAACCUCAAGAACCAAUCAAAGAGCCCCAUCCAUCCAGCAACAUUGAAGAAGUGCCUAAAGAACCAAUCACAGAGCCUGUUUCAUCUCCAGUAGAGUCCUCUGAAUGUCAAGCAGCAAAUCAGACAUCUGAUUCAAAAGAAGCCAAAGAAGUAUCAAAGUCUCCAGACACCGAGCCUCAAACAUCACCCAAUGCAAACACAGAGGGCGACACACCAUCUGAAUCCGCACCCACUUGAAUACCCUUUCAGAUGACGUCUGUGAAAGAUACAAAGUGCCUUGGAUGCAGCUCAAAGCUUUCAGCUAUGUGUUUAUUUAUAUGCAACUGCACAGAAAUGAAUGAAGUUAAUGAGUUGUACUAUAAGUAUUUUUUAAACGUUUACAAAUAUUUCCCUAUGGAGGGAAUGUGUUUGAAGGUCUAACCUAGGUGAUGAUGUAAUCUGUACAGGUCUAUGGUAUGCUGUCUGUGACAAAUAUAUUAUGAAAUAUGACAUGUAUGGAAUGAUAGUGGUGGUGAUAAUAAUGGGGAUGAUAAUGCCAUUGCUAUACAGGGAACAAUAAUUAAUAAUAAUAAUUGGCAUUUAUAUAGCGCUUUAUCAAUCUACGACUGUUCAAAGCGCUUCACAAUUAUUAUUACCCGGUCACUGGAUUCAUAGCAUUUCAAGCAGCCUGUUAGGCGCAAACUUGCUAAACCAACCACAAUGACGGUUGUUUCCUACCGGUACCCAAUUAUUAGCACCUGGGUGAGAGUGGCAAUGUGUGGAUUGACGCCUUGCCAAAGGGCGCUAAGCCAUGGUGGGGUUCGAACACACGACCCUCUUAUUACAAGGCGAGAGUCAGAACCGCUACACCACGGCGAUUCUGUGACAAAUAUAUUAUAGAAAUAUGACAUGUGUGAAAUGAUAAUGGUGGUGAUAAUAAUUGGGAUGAUAAUGCCAUUGCUAUACAGGGAACUAGCCAUUAAUAUAUACAUGAAGGUCAAUAAUGUUUAUGGCAGAUUUUGGCAUAAUAUGAAUGAAUGGGAAGGUGAUCAUGAUGAGAAUGGUCCUUAUGAUGAUGUUGAUGUUGUUGUGGAUGAUGAUGGUGAAGAUGAUGAUAUCAAUGAUUAUGGUGAUAAUGACGAUUGUGAUGAUGUUGAUGAUGAUUAUGGUGAUGAUGAUCUGCAGCCUGAUCCUAUGAAACAUGUUUAUCAAAUAUCUAUUAUGUGAUGUUAUAAAUAGGCUCAAAUCAAUUCUUUGUCAAAUAUUUUCACAACGCUUCCCAUGCUAUGGCACUCUCAAUCCAUUGCGUAUGGGAACGAAAAGGCUUGUGUACAAUCUUCUUGACAGGCAGGUUAUUUCCAGUGUUAAUGAUAUAGACAAAUUAUGAGAUUAAACUUUUCAUUUGUCUAUUCUUAUAUUUCAUUCAAUUUUGACUCAUGAAAAGAUCUGCCAUUUGUGUGUUGUACAUAAGGGAAUCAGUAUCAUGAUAAUUGGACAGAUAAAUGUACUGCAAAUUUCAUCAUUCUUUAAUAGUGGCAUGUGUUUUCGUUUCAAAUAUCUACAUUGCACAUAUACCUCUUAUAUGAGUUAUUUAAGACCUAUUUGUUAUGAGCCUUGAAUCUAUAACUAUUUGAGGGCUUCAUGCUCUCCUGAUAAGAUUUGUAGAAAGUGUUAACGCCGGAUAUUGGGUGAUUUCAAGUUUGGUGUCAACCAUUUUGUCUUAGUAUUAGUGUCAACACAGCACCAAACACUAAAUGAAGCUAGUCAUGUGAUGAACUUCACCAGUUGUUUAGCUAUAUUACUCAUUUCAUUGUAUAACAAACAUACGGUGUUGGAGUUUGAGCAGGCUAUAUUAUUUUCCUUCCAAACACCUAUUGGUGUUAGUGUUUGGCUGGUUUUUACAUCAGCACAGCACCAAACAUAAAAUGAAGCUAUUCCUGGGAUGAAUGUCACCGGGUUUUGAGCUAUCACUAAUAUGAAUUCUACAACUUUAUAUAAAACUCACUUUAGGUAUUGAAGCUGGGUUUGACAACCAGAAUUGUGCUUCUAACACCAACACCAAAAUUGAACUUGAAAACACACAUUAAAGCUAUGUUUAUACUGAUGAAGCCAUAAAUAUAUUCAAAGCAUAUUUGAUUUAGGUAAAUUACUAUGUGAAGGAAACCUGAUUUUCCUACUGUUUCCCUGGAAUAUGUUAGGGGAUUAAGGCAGAUAUCGUGGAAAAUCAAUUUCUUCCUUUUUUGACAAUAACAGUAUUCAACAAUUGUGCCUUACAAUUUAUGAAACCUUUGUUUGCCAAGGCAUGCUUUGUAUUUUUUUAGCAAUUUGAAAAAUUGAGCUUGAAUUGUUCUUGUUUUCGUUCAAAAUUGAUUUUAUUUUCAAGGAAAUAAAGCAACAGUCCUAUUUAUGUAAUAUAUAUAUAUAUAUGUAGUUUGUGAUACAGUUUCACAAUUUGUAUGCAAACAGUUUUGAUCUAUGCAAAUUUUAUCAAGAAAUUAUUUUAUUUUGGUUGCUUUUUUUAAGAAUACCACUUAUUAUAUUAUUAUUGCAUCUAAACAAAGGCAUAUUUUAUCAACUUUCUAAAUCAUAUGUUUGUUAUUAUUUCAUUUUCCAUUUAUUUUAACUUUUCCUAUCUUAUUAACGAUGUCUUGUGUUUGGUCGGAGAAACCUUUGUACAUAUUUGGCUGAGAUAAAUUGUUGUGAAAUGGAGAUCACAAAAUCCCAAAAUUAUUGCAUUAAUGAAAGAAUGUUGUUUCCUCUGCAUUUACAUGCAUGGUGUGAGGGCAUGCAUUCCUGCACAAAUGAUCCACAAAUAUGUGGUAUUAAGUUUUGACUAUUUUGUGCCGACACAGUAAAAUAUGGAUAUUUUUUUUAAAGCCUUUAAUGUGAUGUUAGUAAAUCCACUUUGCUCGACUCUCCCUAAACUUUUAUAUGGUGUACAAACUGAGUCGUAAAACUGGCUUUAAAGGAUACCCUUAGAAAAGUUAGGAUUUGAGCUAAAAAGUGUAUUGAAGAGAAGCAAGUAAGUCUGUUAUUUUAAGGCAUUGUACAAGAUGAGAGUGUGAUUGAAAGCAAAUCAAAUCUUUUGUUUAAUCUCUGGUUACAGUAAAAUGGCCACACCUUUUGGGUGGAGUUCCUCUUUGAGAUUAAAAGUUUGCAAAAGGCAUGUUCAGACAUGGUACUGAAAACUUUUUCAUCCAAGUUAAGUAUUUGAGUUCAGACAGGGGUUUAGAUCAACCCAUUUAUGUGGAUGUACAUCAACUCAUCUCUCAAAUGAGAGCUAUUUUUUUUCAAAAUUCAUUCACAAAAGUCAAAACAUAGACAUUACUUCUUUUUUUUUUAUAAUGUGAUCAAGAUCCACAACUUUUUCUUAGCAAGAAUAUGACUUUGCCUCACCAUAUCUGAACAGUCUUGAGGAACCAAACAAUUUCAAAACUGAUGCAUAAUCUCCAAACUUCAUUUUUCUCAUAUUUCAUGUUUUAGAAAAGGCCUACGCAUCAAGAACAAUUUGUUCAUUCUUCCUUUCUUGAAAAUUCUCAUAGGUUAUUGAGAAGCUUUCUUCAACUGUAGUAUAUACUUAUAAAUUCUUCUUUUCAAACAUGAUACUAUUGUAUAUGUUCAAUACUUAUAUACACUUAUCUUAUUAUAAUGAACAGUCAUGAUUUAUGCUUUGUAUAUAGUUGGUGGAAAUAGCAAUGACAGUUAAACAAAAAAAAUUGUAUUAUGUAUUCUGUUGAAAUGAUUAGAUGUUGUAUUUAUAUUAUUAAUGAAACAUCUCAUUGGUGUGCUAGUAUAGGUGUAUUCUGAGAAAUACAUGUUCAUGUUUUAAUUUCAAUUGCGUGAAUUUAUUUAAAGGAUACCAUAGAAUCAAGAUGGAAACCAGCCAGUUUUUAAAUUUAUUUGAACUUAUUUUAUGAGAGAGUCUAAUUUGCUUCCACGUAGGAUUUAAAGGGAGAAAGGUAUUAACAGUUGGUUGGAAAGUUUUCAGAGAAAAAUUCCUAUUUGAAUAAUUUGACUUAUCAGUUUGACUAGUCCUUGAAAUUUUGGAACCUUGUUUAAAUGAAGCUUGUUUUCAGUCACAAACGCAGAAAAAAAAAUUAAAGAUAUUUGUGGCAAAUCAAAUUUGCCUCAUAUUAUUAGCAUUUUACUUCAGUUCAAUUUAUUUCCUCUUGAACAGCACACAUCAAUCAUGAAUACAUUUGAAAAAAUAGUUUCAAAUAUAAAGUUGUAAUUGAUAACUGGUUUAAUGGCCUGCUAUUUACAUGCAUUGAUCUCUUUUAUAUUAAAAGGGAUUAUUUAAAGGGUAGCUCAUUACCACAGAGCUUUGGCAAACGGUGAAACCGUUGCCAUUGACCUUAACUCUGUAAGAUUUUUAUAAAAAUACUUUCUUCUUCAAAACUUCCAAGUUUGUGACUGGCGUUCACCCUCUCCCAUUUUUUCUAGGCCUGUGUGUUUUGGCUCGGUUGCUAGAGCCUCAGUCUCACAACCGGAAGGUCGGGAAUUCAAGCUUCGGCCGCAUCAGACCAGAUGUUAAAAGAUGGGAGUUGCUGCUACCCUGUUAGGCGUUCAAUAAUUUAGGGGGAAAAGCAAUGGCGAUCUGGCGCUGCACAGUGGCUGCCGGGCCCACGAUCAAUUGGGCAAAAUGAAUUUUUUGAGCAUUUCUAUUUCAGAUAUCUAAUAGAACAAUGAAAUAUGGAUUACGUGUCUCUUUUCUUUCUGCUGUUAUUUUAGCCAAUAUGGUGGCAUGAGUGACUUCCAUUAAGGCAUUGACCAGGAAGGGGGGAUGUUUCAUGAAACUUGUCACCAAUGGUAACUUCAUGGUCCUGUUAUAAGCUACUGAAAUGGUGCAAUGUAAUUGGUCUAGAACAAACUUUUCAGAGUCUUGGCAUUUUAUGAAGCUAACAAACUUUGUGAAUCAGUUUCCAGCUUUGUGUACAUGUGUUAUGUAGAAUACUAUUGAAUUAUGACAUAGAGGCAUUUAUUUGAUACUGGUAUUUUAUUGGGAAAAGGUGGGUUAUUAUUUCAAAGUGUAAUACGCUACUAUUGUUUGAAUUGCUACAUUGUAGAUCGAUGUCGAUUUACCAAAAUAAAUUGAAAAAUAACAAUGACAAGUUCAUGAGGUCUCUCUA